UCUAACAGCUCAAUGUUUCCUGGCAAGUUCUUGCAUUUCAAUUAGCUUUUUGCUCGCUGAUAAGUCUCAAAAUGGCCACGAACGAGAGCUCCGUGCAGCAGGAGGGAGGUCCUGGACCAUCCCUCGCAGCUGACCCGGUAACCGGCAUCGUCCCGGGAUACUACUGGCAGCAAGCUGCCCAGGCCCUCCCUCCAGAUGAAGACGGAGACUCUUCACUUGGUGACGGGGACAAUGCCUCGUCAACCGCGUCUGUCGCGUCCAGCAUCCUGGAGUACCGGACGAUCCAAGGAAGAACUUACUACAGCGAUCGGGGUAACGCCAAGUACUGGGGAUUGAAUGAUGAUAAGCAGAACGAGUCAUUGGACAUUAACCACCAUUCUCUCACCCUCGCCAUCGACAACAAGCUCUACUUGGCUCCUUUGAAGAAGGAUAUUGCCAAAGCACUCGACAUUGGGACCGGAACAGGGAUUUGGGCUAUUGACUUCGCUGACGAAUUUCCAACUACCGAGGUUAUUGGGACGGACAUCUCUCCCAUCCAGCCUUCCUGGAUCCCGCCAAACUUGAAGUUCGAGAUUGAGGACUGCACCCAAGACUGGACCUUUCCAUCUGAUUCCUUCGACUACAUCCAUAGCCGCUGGCUGAACGGGAGCAUUGAUGACUGGGGAAAGCUCUUCAAGGAAGCAUACCGGUGCUGCAAACCAGGUGGCUACGUUGAGAGCUAUGAGGCGACGCCUGGUAUGGAGAGCGACGACGGUACAGUCAAGGAAACAGAUGCGAUUGGGCAGUGGGGCAAACUCUUUGUUGAGUACGGGCGCAGAUGCGGGCGACCGUUCACGACAGUCACCAGCGGCCUCCAGAAGAAGGCGAUGAAAGAGGCUGGGUUCAUUGACAUCGAAGAGAAGGAUAUCAAGACCCCAAUUGGAGGCUGGCCUCAAGACCCGGUUUUGCGCGACGCUGGAAGAUACGCACAUUUGGCCCUGACGCAGGACGUCGAAGGAUUUAUGUUGCUCGUAACCAGUGAGCUGGGCUGGACCAAGGAGCAGAGUCUGAUCUACGCGGCCCAGGUUCGGCGGGAACUCCGGUCUGGGAAGCACCACGUGUAUUACCGGCAGAGGAUUGUCUGGGCUCGGAAGCCUGAGGGCAAUAGCGAGUGAUAGCAACAGUAAUUGCGACUCAUGGCGGUGACAGUUGCGACUAAUAUUGGUAGGGAAGUUGCGAUUGAUAGCAUGGGUAGUUACGACUGACAACAGGGGCAGUUGGCGACUGACCUUGUCCCGAAUUGUCGUGACAUGAUUGGCCAUAUAUAGUGCUCUAUCUAGUGCGGUGAUUGACCUCCUCUGGGAAGGCAGCGUUGAGGCUGGAACUGGCCUGGGUAACUGUCAUGGGGGGUGGCAACACCCUAGUGGCUGGGAGUAGAUCAAGUCACGUCCU